UCGGCAUGAUGCCGUAUUGGACUGUUUUUAUGAAAUGUCAAAGGUUCUGGGAUUCAAUUGUCGUAAAGAGCUACCAGCCCAGUUUACUAACAAACAGCGGCCUGACAUAGCCAUAUAUAAUUACAAGGAUGGAAAGAAUCUUCUUUUAGAUGUGACCAUCACACAUCCGUGGGCAAAACGAUCUCUUCGCUCAGGUAGCAGUACGCCAGGCUUUGCAGCAACGGAAAAGGAAAAGGAAAAGGAUGGGAAGUAUCUCGCCAAAUCAUCGAGCCUUGGAUACUUGUUUCGUCCCCUAGCGUUGGAGGUGUUUGGUCGUUGGGGAAACAAAGCAGAAGAACUGUUGCAAGAGUUUUCUAACCGCUCUCUGUCUUCGUUAGGCAUGAGUUCUGGCGAGUUCAAGCAAUACUGGCGACGAAGGAUAGCGGUGUGUCUACAAACAUACAACUCUAUUAUUCUAAAGAACAAGGUGGCAAACAUAGUUAGCCACAGUAGCUCUGACUUUAGGUAAUUACCUAGUGCGGUAUGUAGCAUGCAUUGCUACUUGCCUCUUUUGUAAUAGUUAGAGUAAUGGACAUGUUUAGCUAUUGUUUGCGUUUUAGAAGUAGCUUCUAUUUCAUUUGCCUAGUACUAUGU